AGUGGAUACUUUGUCGUAGUCUGCACUAUGACGAGGUCUGCUUCCACGACCAAUCAUAAUCGAGCACUUGUAUGGCCGCUAACUUGGUUGUAUUUGUAUAGGUUAGUUAGUUACUUUCCGACGAAGUUUAGAUUAUGAAUAGUGAAUUUUGUAAUUUAUUAAGUCCGUGUUCAUAAAUGUUACAUAGAUUUCGUGCAUUAAAUGUUAUUUAUUAGGUUGUACAACCAUAGGUGAACCAUUGUAGUAGCCAUGCUGCUGCUACAGAAGACUGUAUUUAGGCUCAGCCCACUGCUAGUUCUCUUGUCCUGCUGGUGUCUCCUGGUAUCAGGUGGAAGUGGAGGCUCACAGACAGCUGGCAAGAAGAAGAGCAAGGCGGUGACGACUGUGAUAGACGCCAAGUGGCAUUCGACGCCUCUCGUGCUGGAGGUCGCCGAGUACCUGGCAGAGGAGGGCUCCCACCUAUUCUGGCAGUUUGUCGAUGCUGUCAGUCAGAUGCAGCCGCCGCUCAGUCACAUAUCAACCGAGAAAGCGGCCUACGAUGCAGCUCUCGAUUUGGUGCGGCAAGGCGACAUUCUGUCAGCGGGCCAAGUGUCGGUGAUGAAGUUGGCUCUGUCGCUGCGCGCGCACUCUCCCCGGGUGCAGAUGUACUCGCAGAUGGCGGCAGAGAGGGGUAUGGCGGGGUGUGCCAACGGAGUCGACCUGGCUGGUGACCUCCUAUGCUCACCUGACAAGCUAGAUGACCACAUCGAUGCUGUGUUGAAGAAAGAUCCAAAAUUAGUGACCAGGCUAGAAACGUUCAGACUGGAUCACUACUAUCCGGGGGCUGACAAUAGAAGUGUGGUGGCCAUCUUGUAUGGAGAACUGGGAACUCCUGGAUUUGCCGAAUUUCAUGAAAUUCUGAAAAAGCGCGCUGCCAAGGGGGAAAUCGACUAUGUGCUCAGGCAUCAUGUUAAGGAAGCCAGCAAUAAACGUGUGCGUCUGUCGGGUUAUGGCGUGGAAUUGCAUAUGAAAUCGACCGAAUACAAAGCAGAGGAUGACACCAAAGUGUCAGACAAGGAAAAGGGUGGAGAAGGACAGCCUGAGGAUGAUGAGGAGGAGAUUGAGGGAUUCAAUUUCAGUAAACUCAAACAAAUGUACCCGGACAAAAAGGAAGAGCUGGACAAAUUGAGACAAGAACUGUUGGAGACGAGCGAUGAGCUAGCGCCCCUGAAGGUGUGGCAGUUUCAGGAGCUAUCGCUGCAGGCCGCUCAGAGGAUAGUGUCCGCUCCAAUAGAGGAAGCCAUCAAGAUUCUCACUCAUAUCUCUCAGAAUUUUCCCAUGCAGGCAAAGUCUCUGGUGAAGACAAGAGUGAACCCAGAAAUGAAGAAAGAAAUCAAAAUGAACCAAGACAUAUUUGCGAAUACGCUCAACCUCCAGCCAGCAGAUACCGCUCUAUUCAUAAACGGAAUGUUCUUUGAGGCCGAAAAUAUCGAUAUGAUGACAAUACUCGAUACCAUAAGACAAGAACUCAAUAUCAUGGAAGGACUCUACAAAAUCGGUAUUUCGGACAAAUCAACGCUGAGCAAACUGUUGGCGCUGGAUUUUUCGACGGCGACGGGACGGGAGUACGCCAUCGAUAUCCGUGACUCGGCCAUCCAGUGGGCCAACGACAUCGAGGCUGACAAAAAGUACAAGCGAUGGCCUUCGUCUCUGCUCGAACUGCUCAGGCCCACUUUCCCCGGCAUGCUCCGGAGUAUCCGCCGCAAUAUUUACAAUCUGGUUAUAAUCGGAGACCCGUCGCAGCGCGCCGUGUGGCCGCUAAUCAAGAUGGCGGAAUCGUUCCACCUGCACUCGUCUCCGCUGCGCAUCGGGCUGGUGUUCGCCGUCAACUCGACCAAGGGCACGGGACUCAACCACGCCGGCGUGGCGCUGCUCAACGCGUUCAACUAUGUCGCCGAAACCAAGGACUCCUUCGACGCACUCAGCUUUGUCACUGACGUGUAUGCGUCAAUCAAGGAGCCAGACAGAGAUGUGUUGCCGGGAGAUGUGUACAAAUUGUUGCGCUCUCGCUUCCCCAGUUCGGACCCGGAUGAAGUUCUAGGAGCUGACACCGACUAUGACACAGGUCGGCAGCUGGCAGCUGAUUUCGUCAGGAAAUCUGGAUUCCGCACUUUCCCACAGGUAUUGUUGAACGGUAUUCCGCUGGCAGAAAGCACAUUGACGGCCGAUGACUUCGAAGACUCGGUGUUCUCGGAGGUGAUGAUCCAAACGCCGACUCUGCAGAAGGCUGUCUACAAGGGAGAACUCUCCGACACCAUGAAUGUGCUCGACUUCAUUAUGGACCAGCCCAAUGUAAUGCCAAGAAGCAGCGGACGGAUCAGAGUGGGCUUCAUAGCGAAUCCUUCUUCCUCGGACACGAAACUGGACAGACUGGUUGUGGCGGCGUACGAGACGCUCACUGCCGACCAGGCCGCUGUCAAGAUCAAGCGAAUGUUGGCCGACUAUGACGACAUCGCGGCUGGCAAAAAGGACCACAGCGACUAUGAUUUGACGAACGUGGACUGGCCAUCAGUGGACCGCAAAGUGGAGGAGCACCGUUCGUUCGCGAAGCAGGUGGCCUGGCUGGAGGGAGGGCAACUGGGCAUCAUCACCAAUGGCCGACUGCUCGGCCCACUGGCCGACGAUGAGGAGUUCACUGUCGACGACUACGGCCUCUUGGAGCGGUUCAGUCUGUCCGCGCAUGUCGAGAAGAUUCACAAGACGCUCAAUGAAGCAAGUAAAUACUCGUCCAUUCGCAAGUCAUCCCGAUCCCAGACUUGCAGUCGUACUACUUGUACCCGAGAGAUGGCUGCAUUUAUGAACCUGCGUGGUGUGAAACUUUAUAGAGACCACCGUGAUAUAAGUCCCGAUCUAUCUAAGGGACUAAUACGGUUUGAGAGCAAAAACAACGUGGACUGGCCAUCAGUGGACCGCAAAGUGGAGGAGCACCGUUCGUUCGCGAAGCAGGUGGCCUGGCUGGAGGGAGGGCAACUGGGCAUCAUCACCAAUGGCCGACUGCUCGGCCCACUGGCCGACGAUGAGGAGUUCACUGUCGACGACUACGGCCUCUUGGAGCGGUUCAGUCUGUCCGCGCAUGUCGAGAAGAUUCACAAGACGCUCAAUGAAGGUGUGGAGCCGGGAGAGGACAUGGUGUCGAGUGAUGUGCUGAUGAAGACAGUGUCGCUUUUGGUGGCCAGACCGCAAACUAAGAGUCGCUUCCAGGUCAAGGCUGCCGGCGAAAAGCAUAGUGUAAUCCAUCUGCCAGCGGCGGUGGCUGAGCAGCCGGCCUUCGACAUCACAGUGAUUGUGGAUCCGGUGUCACGUGGUGCUCAGAAAAUGGCGCCCAUCCUGACUGUAUUGAGGCAUGUUGUCAACUGCCACAUUCGCAUCUUCCUCAACUGCCUCGAGAAGAACAGCGAUAUGCCGCUCAAGAGUUUCUACCGUUACGUGUUGGAACCGGAAGUGCAGUUCACUGCGGACGGGCACCUUGCUUCCGGUCCGUACGCCAAGUUCACGAACAUGCCGGGUGCACCGCUGCUCACACAGAACAUGCAUGUGCCUGAGAACUGGCUCGUAGAGAGCAUUGUCAGUCCCUACGACCUUGACAACAUACGCUUGGAGGAGGUCGAGAGUGCUGUUCACAGUCAAUUCGAGCUGGAGCACCUGUUGCUGGAGGGGCACUGCUUCGAGGCAACAAUGGGCAACCCACCGCGUGGCCUGCAGAUGACACUGGGCACGGAGACGCAGCCAGUGGUGGUCGAUACCAUAGUCAUGGCCAACCUCGGCUACUUCCAACUCAAGGCCAACCCUGGCGCAUGGCUGCUACGGUUGAGGCAGGGCCGCUCAGCUGAGAUAUUCGAUAUCACUAGUCACGAAGGCUCGGAUACGCCGGUGAACUCGACCGACAUCAAGGUGCUGAUCAGCUCGUUCCGGUCGCACGUGUUGAAGCUGCGAGUCACCAAGAAGCCAGACAAGAUAGGGAUGGACCUCCUCGGCGAGGACGAUGACAGUCAGCCUGGCCUCUGGAACUCCAUCACUAGCACUUUUGGAAGUACAAAAGAGGAGCAGGUUGAAGCAGAAACUAUCAACAUAUUCUCAGUAGCUUCAGGACAUUUGUACGAAAGAUUCCUUCGAAUUAUGAUGUUGAGUGUUCUGAAGAACACCAAAUCUCCAGUCAAGUUCUGGUUCCUCAAAAACUACCUGUCGCCUACUUUCAAGGAUUUCUUGCCGAGAAUGUCUAAAGAAUACGGAUUCCAAUACGAGCUGGUACAAUACAAAUGGCCGAGGUGGCUGCACCAGCAGACGGAGAAGCAGAGGAUCAUCUGGGGGUACAAGAUCCUCUUCCUUGAUGUGCUCUUCCCCUUAGAUGUCAAGAAAAUCAUUUUCGUUGAUGCUGAUCAGGUUGUCCGUGCUGAUAUGAAAGAACUGGUUGACCUGGAUCUGGGUGGAGCUCCCUACGGAUACACUCCUUUCUGUGAGAGCAGAACAACUAUGGAUGGCUUCAGGUUUUGGAAGCACGGCUACUGGAGGAAUCACUUGCAAGGCAGACGUUACCAUAUUAGUGCCCUUUAUGUGGUUGAUCUCAGACGAUUCAGAAAGAUAGCAGCCGGUGACAGACUGAGAGGCCAAUACCAGGCUUUAAGUCAGGAUCCUAAUAGUCUUUCAAAUUUGGAUCAGGACUUGCCAAACAACAUGAUACAUCAAGUUGCCAUAAAAUCGUUGCCACAAGAAUGGCUGUGGUGUGAAACGUGGUGUGACGAUGAGUCAAAGAAAUCUGCAAAAACUAUAGAUUUGUGUAACAACCCUCUAACUAAAGAAGCCAAACUGACGGCAGCCAUGCGAAUUGUAGACGAGUGGAAAGAUUACGAUGCCGAAAUAAAAGCCCUGCAACUGAAGUUGGGUGCCACUGAAGAACACGAAGAGGAAGACCACAGUGAUCAACAGACACACGAUAAAAAUCAAGACAAGACUUCCGGACACGCUCAUUCUGAAUUAUGACCUGUCGACGAUUGCAUAAAAGAUGUAUUUCCUAUACAAUCACCAUCAAACAUCGUAUUGAUUGAUGAUCAUUGUCAGUACAGUACUGCCAACAGUUUAUUUCUUCCUUAUAGCCAUAUUGGCAACACAUUGUAAAUUUUCAAAUGAACGAUUUUGUUUUUCAAUUGCUCAUAAAAAUAGUGAGAAAUCAAGUGCCGUUUUAAUAUCAUCAAACAUUUUUGUUUCA